CUAAAGAAAAAAAAAAGAAAAGAAAAAGAGUCAGGAACAAAAGAAAGGAAUCCGUGCACGACCAGCCUCACGAUGGCGGUAUUGCGCAUGCGUCAACACUGCGGCGGAUAACAGAAGAAAAACGUACUUCCGCAUAAACAGGAAGUUAACCGCUAUAAGACAGACAGAUAAAAAAAAAACCGAGUCGCGAUUAUAAUUGUGUACUUUAAAAAAAUAAAUCUAAAGGUAAAUAAAGGUGAUGAACUCGCUGGUGGGAUACGGAGUCUCAUCGGAGUCAGAGGAUGAAGAGGAAUCACAGAGCGGGGCGGUGCAGAACGAGGAGACUGAGUCCAAACAGACGAAAUCACGCAAUUUCCUGUUGGAAUCCGGAUCAGCUUCCAGUGAGUCCGGUUCAGAGUCUGAGCGAGAUGAAGAACAGGAAGAGGAACGUGCUCCAGUGAGCGUCCGCUCGUCCGCAGAGCUUCCGGUUCCUCCAACAGUCGGUUCUGCUUCUAACAAACUGCCUUUGCCUGCUCUGGGAGGGUUCUGCGUUCCGGUCGGCAGCAGCGUGUUCGCGAACCCGUUUAAAGAACGAGCAGAACAGAAACUCAACGCGCUCCAGAAACACGUCCCGCUCACGCCCCACGCCCAGCCCACGCACAUCGGCGGGAAGAGGGUGUGCGUGGCCUACAGGAAAAAUGGCCGCUGCCGUUUCGGAAUCCGUUGCAAGUUCGCUCAUGAUAGUGACCUGCAGCAGAAUGUAGCAGAACACACUGUCUCGGACUCGAGUGACGCUGCGGCACACACUCCGGUCUGCAGGGAGUCGGCUGUAGAGAGGCACGGAGAAGACGAGGAGGAGAAUCAGAGCAGGAGGAAGAAACACAGAGUGGGAGUGAGCGACAGUCUCAUCCCUCCAAAACGGGCGCUGAAACAGUACGCCAGGAACGUCUCUCACACACACAAACACACACACACACACACACAAUGACGGGGUGUGAGAAAUAAGAUCUGAAUUCAGGGUACUGUGUGUGUGUGGUCCAAAUUGACCCAGGUGUGAGCUGAUGUGUGAAGGAUUGCUGUUUCAUCCAGGGUGUGUUUUUAGCAGAUAAUUCUAGAUACAAGAUAACCCCUCCACUGAGACUGCUGCUCAGGCCACACCUCCUCCACUGAGACUGAUACACAGAGGCCACGCCUCCUCCACUGAGACUGAUACACAGAGGCCACACCUCCUCCACUGAGACUGAUACACAGAGGCCACGCCUCCUCCACUGAGACUGCUGCUCAGGCCACGCCUCCUCCACUGAGACUGAUACACAGAGGUCACACCUCCUCCACUGAGACUGAUACACAGAGGCCACACCUCCUCCACUGAGACUGAUACAGAGGCCACACCUCCUCCACUGAGACUGCUGCUCAGGCCACAACACCUUUACUGAGACUGAUACACAGAGGCCACACCUCCUCCACUGAGACUGAUACACAGGCGCCAUGCCUCCUCCACUGAGACUGAUACACAGAGGCCACACCUCCUCCACUGAGACUGAUACAGAGGCCACACCUCCUCCACUGAGACUGAUACACAGGCCACACCUCCUCCACUGAUACACAGGCCACACCUCCUCCACUGAUACACAGGCCACACCUCCUCCACUGAUACACAGGCCACACCUCCUCCACUGAUACACAGGCCACACCUCCUCCACUGAUACACAGGCCACACCUCCUCCACUGAUACACAGGCCACACCUCCUCCACUGAUACACAGAGGCCACGCCUCCUCCACUGAGAUUGAUACACAGAGGCCACGCCUCCUCCACUGAGACUGAUACACAGAGGCCACGCCUCCUCCACUGAGACUGAUACACAGAGGCCACGCCUCCUCCACUGAGACUGAUACACAGAGGCCACGCCUCCUCCACUGAGACUGAUACACAGAGGCCACGCCUCCUCCACUGAGACUGAUACACAGAGGCCACGCCUCCUCCACUGAGACUGAUACACAGAGGCCACGCCUCCUCCACUGAGACUGAUACACAGAGGCCACGCCUCCUCCACUGAGACUGAUACACAGGCCACACCUCCUCCACUGAGACUGAUACACAGGCCACACCUCCUCCACUGAGACUGAUACACAGGCCACACCUCCUCCACUGAGACUGAUACACAGAGGCCACGCCUCCUCCACUGAGACUGAUACACAGAGGCCACGCCUCCUCCACUGAGACUGAUACACAGAGGCCACGCCUCCUCCACUGAGACUGAUACACAGAGGCCACGCCUCCUCCACUGAGACUGAUACACAGAGGCCACGCCUCCUCCACUGAGACUGAUACACAGAGGCCACGCCUCCUCCACUGAGACUGAUACACAGAGGCCACGCCUCCUCCACUGAGACUGAUACACAGAGGCCACGCCUCCUCCACUGAGACUGAUACACAGAGGCCACGCUUCCUCCACUGAGACUGAUACACAGAGGCCACGCCUCCUCCACUGAGACUGAUACACAGAGGCCACGCCUCCUCCACUGAGACUGAUACACAGAGGCCACGCCUCCUCCACUGAGACUGAUACACAGAGGCCACACCUCCUCCACUGAGACUGAUACACAGAGGCCACACCUCCUCCACUGAGACUGAUACACAGGCCACACCUCCUCCACUGAGACUGAUACACAGGCCACACCUCCUCCACUGAGACUGAUACACAGAGGCCACACCUCCUCCACUGAGACUGAUAGAGGCCACACCUCCUCCACUGAGACUGAUACACAGAGGCCACACCUCCUCCACUGAGACUGAUACACAGAGGCCACACCUCUGUGUUUUGUGUUGAUUAUAAUAAAUACUAACACACACGUGUGAAACGGACAGUGCGUCAUAAUUUAUCCAGACCUGUUCAGUUCUUUUUUUUGGAAAACAAACCCCCAACAAACCCUUACAGCCAUCAGUAUGUUGUAAUAUCUGGUGCUGAGAAUCGUAGUUCAGUGCAGCUGUACAGCCGGACUACACGAUCAGCAGCUUCUCUAAUCAACGCAAGCACUGCAGCACACGAGUACUGAGUACUGACUGACGUCAGGGACAGUAAUGUCCUACUCGGAUCAUUUGAAUCAUUUCAGCAAUAAAGAGUCGACUCUUUUUAAA